AUGUUUUUCAGAAAAUUGAGUCAAAGCGGGAACUCCAGCUCGAAUCCACCAGAAUAUACAGAAAAUGACUAUUUAAACCACAAACCAUUUUUUUCAUCUUUGCGAACAUCUGCUUUGGGUCCUCAAAUAGCUCCCUUGAAUGAAGUCAACCCUUCGAAAGGAAAAACGGUUUUGAAGACGUUGAAAGAUGUGCAAAAAUUGGGUAACGUUCCAUUCCAUUAUAAUGUAUUCGAUGAGGCGUUGAACCCGCCAACACCAUUGCAUGAUUGCAAAUCUCUGCGAUUGGAAUUAGCUUUAGAUACUGACACAGUUUAUUUACCUGGUUUAUUUGAACAGCAGGGUAGUUCAUCGGAUUGCCCAUUGGCUCUUCUCACCGGGAAAGUUAUCGUUACUGUGAAAGCUACAUACAACUUGUGUGAUGCAAGACUUCAAGAUUAA